AUGCUACCUGCCGUUCUACAACGGCCGCGUGCGAAUUGCUAUUGGGUAGCUGUGGGGUGGUGGGGCGCGGUGCUCUUCAUCACUUAUGCCUCAUGGUGUUGGACUGGAUGUCAGGCUUACAUGCCUUUCAUAUCGGACAUGGGAUUGCAGGCGCACAUGCCAAUCUUAUUUGUGGUGGGGACAAUGGUGGAGGGGUGUCUUCUGGGACUUUGGCUGUUGUGGGCCACAAUUGCAAGACAUCACCUCCUCAAAGCAUUGCGACUGCAGAUGGUUUGGCUUGAGUGCUUAUGUGCAUUGAGCGGCUUGCCAGUGGUGGCAGGUACCAUGUUCAUUGGUUUCUUCCCAUGGGACUCCUAUUCCUACCUUCAUUUCGCAUGUGCGAGUGGAGUAUUUUGGGGUGGCUGCGGCCACUGCUUCUUCAGCACCUUGAUAUGUCAUGGCAUCAGCAUGGAUUAUUCCUUGAUGCCGGGCCACACAAGCUGGAUCCGGCGAUGGCACAGAUGGCUUGCGCCGCUCUUGUGCCUCUGCUUCUUCGGGGUGUUUCUUUGUUUCUGCGCGGCGAUGGAUGCCUCGCCGGAGCGCUUCCACUGGAGCUGGUGGCCCGAGCUGCAGGCCGUCGCCCGCGAGCGGUUCUUGGAGUACUGCGGUCAGGGCAGUUGGCACGGGCUGCCGUGGGUGAACACCUGCGCCGCCUUGGAGUGGUUGACUUUGGCCCUGCUUUGUGUGUCCAUCUCGGCAGGCGGGGGGGAAAUUCGAUGUCAGGCAGACUUUGAGAUGUACUUGGCGCUCAUGGAUGGGGUUAUAGAACUUCCUGCUCCUUCUCCGCUAGAUCAGCCACAGCUCUUGCUGGGCCUGAAGAUGUCAAGGGUUUGGUGGGUGAUGCUCACAUUGUUCCCACCCUUGGCGGCCUUGAUUCUCUAUGCCCUGUGGGUCUCCAGCGGAUGUUCAUGGGCGCCUCCCUUCAUGGAACACCUGGCCGGCCGCACGUCCCAUGUGUACAAGCUGACCCUCUGGGUGUGGAACGCCCUGCUGGCCGUGUGGCUCUUCCACGUCUUCGGCUGUCAAUGGCUCAUGGCGCGCCAGGGGAGGCCUGCAAACAGCCUCCUGCUGCUGGCCGGCAUCAAUGUGGCAGGAGGUGGCUUGAUGGUUUGCGGGCUGGGCUUGGCGGCGGAGCCCUGGGAUUUCGGCCUGGCAGUGCACUUGAUGGGGGCUGACAGCGUGUUGGCAGGCUUUGGCCUGUGGUCCACUGCGUCCAUACUGCUGUCGCAAGCGGCAAACACCAAUCCGUCCGGCUGGCAGGGCCAAACACUGCGGCUGCUGAUUUGGACAGGAGCCUGGAGCGUGCUUUCGCUCAGCGGUUCUGGGCUGAUGUUCCACUUGUGGGCCGCCGGCGGCAGCCUCCGCCUGGGCGUGGUGGAUCUGCGUGCAGAGGUGCGGAAGAACUUCCGGGCGCAGUGCGAGGGGUUCUCCUUGCCCUCCAGCGGCUAUGCCUUGUGCCAAUGGCUUUUCAUGGGCCUGCUGCACGCCUUUGUGGUGUGCACCAUCCACGACUCCGAAGCUUGCUGGUCGGCAGUUGCCGCCCAUGCCCGCUCUGGCAAAGUGGAUCUGGUUCGGCCGCUGAGCGCACGGAAGCUCGCCAUGCUGGGUCUGGUGCUUGGGGGUGCCAUCCAUGCAAGCGGUACGAUGUCCUUGUGGUAA